AUGUCAUCCUCCAACAACCUCUACAUCGCCGAAACCCCCAAAGACGUCGCCAACGCCAAGGGCCUACAUCUCAUCACGCAAAACACACCCAAUGGCCAAGCGACCCAGAUCAUGCUCGAAGAACUCGCCGACGCCUAUGGUACUGAGUGGACAACCACAUUAAUCAACAUCAGCACCAACGAGCAGAAAAAAGAAUGGUUCCUGCGUUUGAAUCCGAACGGCCGGAUUCCCGUCCUGGUCGACAACACUCUGUCCCCGCCGUUUCCGGUGAUUGAGUCCUCGGCCCAGAUUUUGUACUUGGAAAAAGUGGCGGACAAAAACAACACGUUUGGGUUCAAGGAUGAUUUGGAGCGCAAUGAGGCCUUGCAGUGGAUGUUCUUCUGGCAUGGUGGUGGGGCGCCGUAUCAGGGUCAGGUUAAUCAUUUUACGCGGGCGGCGCCGGAGAAGAUUCCUUACGCAAUCAACCGCUACAAAAACGAAACUCUGCGCGUCUACGGCGUCCUUGAAAUCCGUCUCUCGGGCAAAUACACCGGCGAACCACGCGACUACCUGGCCGGCAAGGGUAAAGGUCAAUACAGCGUGGCAGACAUCAAGACCUGGCCGUGGGUCAAGGGCUGGGAACGAUCCGGGUUCACCGCAGAGGACAUGAAACCGUUUCCGCAUCUGUUGAAGUGGAUUGAUCGGAUUGCGGCCCGACCGGCUGUCCAGAGAGGUAUUGGGGAGAAAUAUGUUCAGCAGUAA